AUGGAGAUAGACAGCAGCGACUUCUCAGCCUCGCGGAAGAAGGCAAGCAGGAAAAGGAAAGAGGAAACUUCGGAUGCUGCUGACUCAGACGCUGCACUGAUCACAAGGCGUAAAAAGAAGCAAAUCGUCUGCAGCACCGAGGAGGAGAGAGACGAAAGCAGGAAGACCGACCGGCUAACCUGUAUUACGGAACUGUUAUCGUUCUGCGAGCAAAUUGCGGGAGAUCUGAACACUGCUGAUGCCAAAUACCUUAAGAAGAAAGCAAUGCAAGUGUACAAAAUCUGUAAAACGCAGCAAGAAGAGAACGAGGUCUUGAAACGCAAGGUUAACGAGAAAGAGCACAUAAACAGCAGGUUCGAUCAGCUGGACGCCAAGAUCGGUGGCGCAAUCGCCAAAAUCCUGGAAAUAGAGAGCAACACGGGUAAAUCCGCCCUGUCAUAUGCCGAAAAAGUGAAGGUCAGGUCAAACGUGGUGCCACAGACAGCGAUAAAACCCCCCAGGAAUGUAAUUACGGUGUACCCGUCAGAAAAUAGUACCAUCAAGGAUAGUGAAGAAACAAAAAAGGCAAUAGUAAGCAGCAUGACGCCGGCUAAAGAAAAACUAAAGAUAAGAAACGUGAGGAAGAUCAACAACAAAGGAAUCCUGAUCGAAACGGAAACACCGGAGGACCUGCAGCACCUGCUCAGAAACCAAAAACUCGAAGCAGUAGGCCUUAAGGUAGGACUGCCACCAAGGAAGAAACCCAGAAUGAUCAUAUACAGCAUCCCAACGGACAAGCAAGACAACGAAAUUUUAAAGGCGAUACACGACCAAAACUUUGAAAACCUAACGAUCGCAAAAUUCACAGAGGACUUCAACCUGGCCUUCAAAACAGGAGAUAAAAGCAGGACGAAGGUCAACUGGGUGGUAGAGGUGACCCCGGAGAUCCGAGAAACUCUGAAAAAGAGCGGGAAAGUGUUUAUAGACUGGAGCGCAUGCAAUACCCAGGACUUCCUAGCGGUCAGCCGCUGCUAUAAAUGCCAGGCAUUCGGACAUGUUUCCAAGUUCUGCACAGCCAACGAAGAUACCUGCGGCCACUGUGCUCAAUCCGGACAUAUAUACAAAGACUGCAAAUCGAAAUCACAGAACCCCACAUGCGCCAACUGCAAGAGAGCCAACAAGCCGCACAACCACUGCUCACGGGAUAAAGACUGCCCAGCGUACGAGAAUGCCAUAAGAACCUACAUAAAUAGAAUUGACUAUGGAAAGUAA